AUGGAGUUACCUAACUUAUGCGCAGCUUGUUUAAUGCGUACCACACUUUCAGCGAGCAAACGUUUAAAUUCAGAUUUUGCGUCCUUUCCGUUUGAAGUUCCUCCGCGGACAGCAGCUAAAAGCGGUACUGAUACUGAAACAGGCGAUGAUCCAAAAGAAACAGAUUCUGAUAAGCAGAUACCUAACAAUAAUGAAAAUAAGGAAAACGAAAAUAAACAGAAUGAAAAGACAGUUGGUGAAGACGAGACUUCAGCAAAAAAGUCACCGGAGGUAUCUGUUUCUAGUGAAAUUGAUUCUAAAGUAGAAUCUUCAGCAGAAAGUUUCGCAACUGCGGGAAAUGAUAGCGAUAAUGAUGACGCCAGUUUUGCAAAAUUAAAUAACGUAACAGGUUCUUUGUCAAAAACAUGUGAUACUGCUGAAUGUAAUGAAAAUAAAAGAAUAAAUAUCGUUGAAGAGAAGGACAAAAAUGCUGACGGCAACGAAGAAAUAAAAGGUUCAAAUACAUUGAAAUUUGAUAAAUGCUCUAAUGAUAAUGAUAUGAUACUGCGCAUGGAAGAUGAUGUAUCCGAAAAACAUCAGGACACUGAAGCAUAUUCUGAGGAUGAUAACAAAGAUAGCGAGAAAGUUUCAAAUGAUGACAGCACCGAAACUCACCCACCUGAGCCAGACUCAGCUGCAGAUCCAGAAACCGAUGAUGAAGAAUUGAAGAAUUCACAGAGCAAAGCAGACAAACAAACUGUUAGUACGACUACUACGGAGUUAGUGGGAGUUACGAAUUCAAAUAACUAAUAAUUUAAAUGUUAUAUAAUCGUAGGUUUAUGUAGUAUAAACUACAUAAUUAAUUAAAAAAGUUAAAUUUUUUAUUUGUGUAAAAGUUUUGGAAGUGUUGAAAAGUAAAAAUACA